ACCGUUUAAGUGCAAACUGUUGUAAACGUAUUAACGGAUAUCAACUACACAUUAACCCUUGAUUGGCAGUGCCCGGAUCUAUUUUGACUUAGAUUUGUGAAAGUUCCAACUAAUUUCUCUGUUUACAAUAUCUUACUUAAAUUAACAAUUGUUUACUGGUGAAUACAUUACGAAGAAGCGUAUUGUAAAAUAUAUUUAGGAACAAAAUUUUACGUGGGUCCAAUUGGACCCAGGGAUCGCCGCUGAUCGGUCUUCAAAAAUGUUCACCGGAAGGGUAAAAUUUUAAUGAAAUUUACGCCUACAUCUUCCAACAGAGGGCCACGGAUGACAGUCGGUUCUCGCAAGUUCACCAAAAAUGGGAUUUUUAAUGAAAUAUAGGGAAGUUCAUACUAUCACCAGAAUUUUUUUUAUGUUCAUAAAAGCAUGAUUUUACUCUAAAUUGGUUUGCACGAGGCGUAUACGUCUCCACGUGACGUUCGACCGAUUGAUCCGAUAUUUUGUGAUUAUAAGUAAUUUCAUUUUUUACGAGUAAUUGUUUCUGAUGUAAUAACAUGUCUAACGGAUUUGUACACUCCGUUAAAGUCCCAAGACUUUAUAAAACUGCAUCUAAAAUUGUUCGAGAGGUUCGUGAAAAUGGUGCCAGUCUUAAGACGAUGAUUUAUGAACAAAAACAUCCUAAUAUCUCUGCAAUAUAUUCUCUGUGCCUUAAUACACUGCAAAAAGAAGCACAGUUGAAUUAUCUUUUAAAUCAAACUGGUAUAUUAGAAAAUGAAUCCCGUAUGGAUCCAUGGUUGGCAAAAAUUCUCAUAACCGAACUUUUUUGGGGAAAAAAAGUCAUAAAAGCUGAUUGCAAACCUGUUCAGUCUAUACUCAAAUAUAAGGAACAACUACGGGAAAAAAUAAACGAAUAUAGUGAUGUAGAAUCACUACUUAACAAAACAGUGCGAAAACCAAGAUAUGUUCGCGUCAACACUUUAUUAUUACCAAUGAACAAGGCAAUAUCUAACUUCAUGGAAGAAGGAUGGUUGAUGUUGCCAAAAUGUUCGAAUUAUAUGGAGCAUCUUAAAGUCGUAAAAGAUUUAAGAAAACCAGAGUUUAUUCAGGACUUCCAUAUCCCAGAAUUACUUAUUUUCCCACCUGACACAGUUUUUCACGAUCAUCCUGCAUACCACAAUGGAGAAAUUAUUUUACAAGAUAAGGCUAGUUGUUUCCCAGCCUAUUUAUUACAGCCGAAACCUGGCUCCGUAGUACUUGAUAUGUGUGCAGCGCCAGGAAUGAAAUCGUCGCAUAUAGCUGCUCUGAUGAAGAAUUACGGAAAAGUUUAUGCAGUCGAAAUUGAUAAAAGAAGGUACACUACUUUAUGUGAACAGGUCAAAAUUACAUGUUCUUCGUGCGUGGAGACUCUCAAUGAGGAUUCGUUAACAUUAGAAGGAGAAGAUUAUUCUGAUGUGGAAUACAUUCUUGUAGAUCCAACUUGUUCUAGUUCAGGCAUGUUGUUUGGACAGUUAGUGAGAGGAAACCAGCAAUGUUCACCGCAACGUUUAAAACAGUUGCAAGCAUUUCAAGUGUUUCUCUUGCGGCAUGCUCUUAUGAAUUUUCCAAACGUGAAGAGAGUUGUUUACAGCACAUGCUCUAUCAAUCCAGAAGAAAACGAGCAAGUGGUAGAUGAGGUUCUUGAGAAUGUCAAAGGUGCCUACAAGUUGGUAUCGAUUAAAAAUAUGUAUAAGGACAGUUGGGAGAACUACAGUUCUCAGAGUUAUAAAUGCUCUGAUAAGUGCCUGUAUGCUCGUCCUGAAGAAGAUUUAUGCAACGGCUUCUUCGUUGCUGUAUUUGAAAGAAAUGUCAACGUGCCUUUGCCAGCGUAUAAACGAAAAGGCAGCAAAGUAAAUAACGAGCAGUUGGAGAACAGUGAAGGAAACGAGGAUCAGAAUGUGGCGGAAACGAGUUCAGGCCGAAAAAGGAAGAAACGUGCGAAAAGGAAGAGCACGAAAACGACUCAAAAUACUUUCUUGGCUGAUAACUUGAAUACGUCUUCUGAUUCGAUUAAGAUCAUUGCUGAAAUAUGUAACGACGACGAAGAAGAUAAUGCAAGCGACAAUGAUAAUGAAAAGAAUGAUACUGACGAAAAUGAAAAAACGAAUGAAGAAAGGAACGAAGACAACGAAGAAAGCGAAGAAGAUCCGCCACCGAAAAAAGUGAAAAGAAAAUUAAAUCGCAAGAAGAAGCAGGCUGAGCAUGGAAUUCCGUUAAAACGGAAACAAGUUAAAAUGCAAAGAACAAAAAAGAAAUAAGAAUGGAAGAUCGUCUAAUGAAAUAAGUACCGUCUGUUGUUAUUACAUAAAAUAUUAGAAUUUUGUACACUGAUUCAGCGGAAGUACCGAAUACAUAUUAACGUGAAUUU